UCCAAAGAAACAGCACGAGCCGUUCACCGCGAGGAAAAACUUUCAACCACGAACAUGGGAGGCAUCAUCUCACAGAUCUUCAACAGGUUCACCUACAAAACACCUGUUCGGAUUUUAAUGGUGGGUCUGGAUGCAGCAGGUAAAACCACUCUGCUCUACAAACUGAAGUUGGCCGAGGUCGUCACCACCAUACCAACUAUCGGGUUCAACGUGGAGACGGUGGAGUAUAAGAACAUCAGUUUCACAGUCUGGGAUGUUGGUGGUCAGACAAUCAUCAGACCUCUCUGGAGACACUACUUUGUAAACACACAGGGUCUGAUAUUUGUAGUUGACAGCAACGACCCCGAGAGGAUUAAAGAAGCUGCUGACGAGCUGCACAAGAUGUUGGAGGAAGACGAGUUGAGGAACGUGGCCGUACUGGUGUUGGCGAACAAACAGGAUCUGCCGAGAGCCAUGUCAGUCAGUGACAUAACAGAGUCUCUGAGUUUAUCAGCAGUCUCACAGCCGUGGUUCGUCCAGGCGUCCUGUGCUGUCAACGGUUCAGGUCUGGCCGAGGGUCUGGACUGGCUCUCCAACCAGAUCCAGUAACAGUGAUUGGACUCCCUGGUGUUCUGCUUUAUUCUGCUUCCUGUUGAAUCUUCAGGUGGUCUAUUAUGUCCUGUGGCCUGUUGCACCAUCUCUGCAUAAGUUGAGUCCUCAGUUAGGGUGUAAAGUCGUCACUAAACCAAACGUUGAACGAGUUAGUUUGUAACUUAAGUUGUGUCGUUGUUCUGUUUCACCUCAGAGACGUAAAGUUCUUCUUAACUAGCAGACCGUAACAUCCAAACUAAACUUAAUAAUGUCACAGAUAUGACGUUUUCACCCUGUUCGGCCAAUCAGUGAUCAGCUUUCUCCUUAAUGGGGUGUCUAAGUGCUAACUCACAUUAGCCUCAUUGCCUCCAAUCCAAGCGGCAACCUCUGGUCUAAAAAUAUGAGGCCAAUGCGAAGUGCUAAAAACUGCAGUUCAUUGAGGAUCCACUUGAGGCUGGCUCCGAAA